AUGUUCGAUGUCCCUUUACGACAAGCCCGUGAGUUCCAAGUGCAGAACGUGAAUCUGGCACGUUUUGCCCUCUUCCGAGAAGACAUCCGUGACCUUGCAGCUUUGACGACUGACAAGGUGGCGAACCUGCUGGUUGUCAACACUCUCAAGGCUAUGCGAACUUGGGCGCUGUACUUCAAUUUCGACCGCACCGACAGCGGAUUCCAAGAACGGACCUAUCAGGAGGAUCAGCUCGCUGUACUUCUGGGAAUGACUCUCCUGACGUCCUUUUUUUUCCUGAUGACUUCGAUAUGGUUCGCUAUGCACGCGCUGCAGCUGGCUCAAGCUAUCACUACCAAGCUUCUGGUGCAGGUCGUGCGCAUUCCCAUGCCAUCUGAGAACGAGAUUGCCAAGGCAUCCACCGAAGGAAAAGAUUUCGAGCUGAACUUUCGCGAGGCGCUCCGACUGCCGUUCGUUCGUCCUGCGGCGCUCAACAAGGACACUCUGCGGGAUCAAAUGAAGGACGUCGGCCGUCAGUUGCCGCAGUUGGCCGAAGAGGUGAACCGGGAGGACUCCAGGCUAUCAAACGACACCCGUGCAGCCAGCCCGGCGGCGGCUCCAUCUCCGACAGAUUCCAAAGGCACGCCGUUGCUGCAGACGACGAGACCCAUGAAUUUGGAGGUGUCGAUGCAGGAGCUGCUGCACUGCCUGCCUCCUCACGCUGCCGGAGCUUUCUCCGAGAUGGAGCCGCAUCUGAAGCUACUUUGCUUAGUGGCAUCUGCCUGGCAGCCUUUUGACCUGUACAGCCGGGUUACUACAGUCCUCGGAUCUUCCUGUCUGUUCAGUGGCUUGGCAUAUUUCUCCUUGUACUACAACAAGUUUGACGUUGACGGAAGCAGCAGCAUGCCCACGGAGGCUUGGUGCAGCUUUUUGUUUAUGUCGACAUUGGCUUGGUGGAACCUCACCAUCGAGAUUUCAGGUAGCAAGCUGGACCUUUUCGUUGCUGCACUGCUAAUUCUGGUUGGUCCGACGCUGUGGGUGGCCUCGAACAAGCCGACACUACAUGCCAGCGUGAUGCAGCAUUUCGGCUACCCGGUGUUGGUGACCAUCCAGGCCUCCUGGAUUUGCUUCUUGGGCAUCCGAGCCUUCACGUGUGGUGGGGAGUGGCCUCACUUUUUCACGAGCACCCGCUACCUGAACGUUGUCCACAAGCAACGGGGUCCCAUCGAAAUCCCCGUGGACAUCGCGCGGAAGGUGCAUGAAGACGAGGAUACUUCCACGGAGUCAUCUGUCAAUUUCAAGGAUUCGCAGCAUGCCAUGGCCUUGGCGCAGCCGCUGAUCGAUGUCUUAAGUUGCAUCGGCGAUUUGCCUCAGUCCUCCUCUUCCCGUGCGGCUGUGUUCCAGGCCAGAGACUGGCUGAGAGAGGCUGCGCGUGCUGCUGGUGUGUUGCGCACAUCUUUGAUGGUCAAGGGCUUUUGGAUCUACCUGCCAAUGACGGGGCUGGACAACGAGGGUGCUGUGCCCCACUGGGUGGAUAUUCACAGCAUUGACUUCCCGAGUCUUGGCAGUUCGGCGACUGAAGCAUUUAUGCUGCCGGAGCUACUCCAAGCUGCAGACCUGGCUGCGGAGACCCUGCACGCACAAGCCGUGCACUGGACCGUGCAUGACAUGCUCAGACUUGCAUCCUACGGAGGGGAACCCGUCACUGGCGUGAACAGCUUCCUCUUUCAGUUCGAGAACAUCUCGGAGCGGAUGCGAACUUUCGUGCCUUCUGCGGACUAUCUCUUCAAAGUUGCAAUGGGCUUGGUGUCACUGUUUUGGAUCAUGGUUUGGGUAUGGUCCAUCAUGGCUGCCACGGAGCUAUUCCGGAAAGUCUCCCUGAGCGGCACGAUGCAGCCCUUCGCGCUGGACACUCCGUGGCGCACAGUGACUUCUUUCGGCUGCACGCUGGAAGGAGAGCACUAUGUCGUGACAGAUUCCGUGGUCGUUCAGAUCCUGUCAGAGGAGGGAAACGUCUGGCUCCAAUUCGGUGCUUGUGAUGGUGCCCCGAUCCUUGCUGUGGAUUUUGGCCAGCAGGGCGAGGUGGUCGCCACCUGCGAGAGAGGCAUCCAAGCCACCUGGCUGUCCGGUGCGAAGGUGCAAGAUCAGUUCUGGGUGUCCAACAUCUCGAACUUGCAGGAUGUUUCAGUGGACCGGUCGCCGUUGCAGGACACGUAUCACCUGGAUGCAAUCGCUAUCAGCGGCACACGUCUCCUCGGCUUGCGGUACCACCCAGACUCCACGUGGCAGGAAGUUGGCAUACUAAACGUGCCUCCACAUAAGGGCCUCUUCACGGCAGUGGCUGUUAGAAUGGGACGUGCUGCUUGGCUUGAAGUUCCAAGG